AUGGCGAUUGAGGUCUUGGUUUCCACGCCCAAACUUGACCAGGAUGGGAAGGACGAUGAGGGUCUGCUGUCAUCUUCGAAGGAGAAUCAGGAAUGUGAAGGCAAUACACCCCCAGGAAAAUACAGCCUACCUGUCAGGGUCACUGUCUCCAAGGGUGAUGGCUCAGGCCUGGUAUUCACCUGCACUGCUAAUCCUGAUGAUAUCGUCAUUGAGAGCUUGUCCAUGAGGCGGAAGCCACCAGGGGCUGACGAAGGCGAUGCAGUCACAUACGACGAGGGUCCUGAUUUCCAUGAGCUGGAUAAGAACCUGCAGGAGACGUUCCAUAAGUAUCUGGAGCUGCAGGAGACGGCCACAAAGCUGUUGCACGAGUACAUGAUCAGCAAGGACAGGCGCGCGCGUCUUGCCGAAGACAGCAAGCAAGGACAAGCGGAAUAA